CAUAGGUGGCGCGAAGACGUCAGACAUCGCCGCAAAGGAAGCGGCGGUGGAAGCUGACAUGCAACAUCGUGGUCGUCUCUCUCUCUCUCUCUCUCUCUCUCUCUCGAUUCGUAUGCAUUUUCGUCUGUUCUUCAUUACAUCACACAUACAGAUUCUUAGAUAUAUAUAAUUGAUUGUCUCUUCAUCUUUGAGCCAUGACCGGUAAAGAUAUUCUCCACAAGAUGAAGGAAUCCGUAAAGGAGAAAGUUGGGUUAGGUGCAUCUGCUUCAUCUGCAGAUUCAGGGAAAGGUAAGAGCAAGAUGUCAAAGCAGAUCACACAUGGUUUUCAUUUGGUGAAAGGGAAAGCAUUUCACGAGAUGGAGGAUUAUGUUGUUGCCAAAUUCAAGGAAGUUGAUGAUAAUGAGCUUGGUUUGUUUGCUAUCUUCGAUGGCCAUCUUAGCCACGAGAUUCCUGACUACUUGUGCUCCCAUCUUUUUUUGGUUUUGAUUGGGAAGCCUAAUUUCUGGAAAGAGCCUGAGGUAGCUAUAAAGAAAGCUUAUUAUAUCACAGAUACGACGAUUCUAGACAAGGCAGCGGAUUUGGGGAAAGGUGGUUCUACUGCUGUGACUGCGAUAUUGAUCAAUUGCCAGAAGCUUGUGGUUGCUAAUGUUGGAGACUCACGAGCUGUUAUUUGCAAAGAUGGUGUUGCAAAGCCACUCUCUGUUGAUCACGAGCCCAAUUUGGAGAAGGAAGAAAUUGAGAACAGAGGCGGAUUCGUUUCUAACUUUCCUGGGGAUGUUCCUCGAGUUGAUGGUCAACUAGCUGUGGCAAGGGCAUUUGGUGACAAGAGUUUAAAGAUGCAUUUGAGUUCGGAACCAUAUGUUACGGUGGAGAUAAUUAGCGACGAUGCAGAGUUUCUUAUCCUAGCAAGUGAUGGACUAUGGAAGGUCAUGUCAAACCAAGAAGCCGUUGACACGAUUAAGGGGAUAAAAGAUGCCAAGUCUGCAGCUAAGCACCUCGCAGAAGAGGCUGUUGCAAGGAAAAGCUCAGAUGAUAUCUCAGUCGUUGUCGUGAAAUUUCAGUGACCAUUAGCUCUCGGAGAAGAGAAUAAUAACAAGUAUGGGCGUUCCUUCUGUAAGAUGCAAUCAUCACCACUUCUGUUUUACUUGUCUUCCCUUUUUCUUUUCAACUCAAAUAGUGAAAGCUUUUUUUUUCUUUCUUUCUUUUUUGUAACUUUUUUUUAUUACACAAUACAGCAGUGUAAGAAAGUGGAAUAGUUAGAAAUACUGGGUAGUGAAAGAGACAGGUCAUAAAAGGUUUCACAUGCCAAACUGUACUCAUGUCUUGAGUCUAUGACAUGAGCUUUUGGGUUUGUUUUUACAGUAACAGAAUAAAUCUCGUCCCUUUCUUCUCA